AUGAGUGCGUCGCAAAGUGAUUCUCGUUGUCGUUGCGAAAGGAAAAAGGGAAGUCGGACAAGGCGGUGGAAGCUCUCCGAUUGGCUGGACAUCCCCGUCGAAUCUUUUGAUCCGAACUUCCUCCCUCGCGACCUCCGACAGACUGACACUUGCAAUUCCUGGGGACAAUUGAACCAGCCUGUCCGAGAUACCUGGCUCCAAUUGGAUCUCACUUUUGACUUCACCACCUACUUUCACCCUCCCCGCUUCACAGUCUCUUCCACCAUGGCCGGCGGAGGAGGAAAAUACCGGCACCUGGGCCGCAAGUCCUCGCAUCGACAGGCCCUGCUCCGCAACCUGGUUACCUCGCUUUUUGAGAAUGAAUCGAUCACGACAACAUGGGCUAAGGCUAAGGAGGCACAGCGGUUGGCGGACAAGUUGAUCACGCUGGGCAAAAAGAACUCGGAGGCUAGUCGGAGACGAGCACUGGAGAUUUUCUAUAAACCCCACGACAUCCUCCCCAAGCUCUUCGGUCCCCUCCGCGAACGCUACGCCGAUCGACCAGGUGGUUACACCCGCGUACUCCGCGUCGAGUCCAAGGAGAAAUACGAAUACUACUCCGUCCGCCGGAGCGACAAGAACGCCGUCCCCGAACGCAAGCCAGCCGACCAAGCACCCAGCGCUAUCCUCGAACUCGUCGACGGACCCAAGGACAUGCGCUUCGCGAUGACGGCACGUGCGAUCGCGCGCCAACGCGAAGAGGGUCUGAAAGAGCACGAGCUCACGGCUUUGAAUAAGAAGAAGGUCACGCAGUUCCGGAAGGACGGCGUUGAUGCGCUGGAGGCUGCUGUUCAGAAGUUGCAGAUCCGGGACUCGGAGAGUGAGGGUGUUUCUGCCCUUGACGGGGAGGAGUCCAAGUCUGCGCAGGAGGAGGCGCAGCGGAGUGCGGCUCAGGCUGGACGUUUGGCUAAGAAGAUUGGUGGUCUUAACAAGUCCACGUAGUGGGUGGGUAGUCAGGGUGGCUUCGCUUGCAUUUCCUUGAGUUGAUGCAAAUGGAUGGGGGGCUAUUUGUGGAUUUUGUUGGUCCUUGAUUGGUGGAUGACUAUUCAUCUCCCGUUUUUUCUUGUCUGUUCUUAUAGGAGUUUUUUGCUGCUUUUGGUAUCUUGUCCUCCAUCCGUUGUGACCGCAUCCAGGUGUGACAUAGCCUGUGUACAGUAUAAAAUAUUUCGAUACCUC